AUGGGCUUCUUAUCCGCCCGCAAGGGACGCUCCCCGCAGUCCUACGAAUUUGUCCCGAUUUCCUUUCCCUCCGACGACCAAGACGACUUGCAACGCGACAAACCAGACAUUCAUGUUUCUAUCGAGGAAUUACCGGCAGACAUCUCAAUAGACGAAUAUCGAUGUUCGGGCCAGACCCGAUCUCGGUUCACAUGGAGCCAAAGACUGGCCGGGAUUUCUUCGCUCUUCUCGUCAAAUGAGGAGAAGAUCGAAGAUGCUCUACCUCUCCUCUCACCGACCACUAAACGUUCAAAACGCUCAUAUACUUUGCAUAGACGGUUCAAGAAUCGCAAGGUGUCCUAUUGCUUGCUUUUUACCGUUGCAGGGGUUUUCAUCAUGCUAGGACUCAUUCAGUUCAUCUCGAUAACCUGUGGCAUUGUGCUCUCGUUUUUCCCCGAUGAAUUCGACAAAGCGGCCGGCCAUUGGCGCCACGUUCCGGACAACGACCUAUACGCAGACAUCACACAUUGGCCCACAGAUAUCUCGCGGGACAUCAUCCCUGUUGGGUGCCAUUCACACAAUGACUACUGGCGACGGGUGCCCCUGUACUCGGCCUUGCAGGCGGGUUGCAUUGGUGUCGAGGCCGAUGUCUGGCUGAUCGACAACGAGCUCUACGUCGGCCAUACCUCCACGUCCCUCACCACGAAGCGCACCCUCAAGAACAUGUACAUCGACCCAUUGAUCAACAUCAUUGAACGGCAGAAUCCCAUCACUCAGUUCCACCCAGCUGUUGAUCAACCCCUGCAUGGAGUCUUCGACACCGACCCUUCUCAAACCCUCAUUCUCCUCAUUGACUUUAAAACCGACGGAGAAAAGACAUGGCAGCGUGUAAUGGAGAAUUUGUCGCCUCUGCGCGAGCGCGGUUACCUCACCUACUUCAAUGGCACCGGCCUGACCAAUGGCCCAAUCACGGUUGUCGGAACGGGAAAUACACCCUUCAAUAUGAUCACGUCGAACUCAACCUAUCGCGACAUCUUCUUCGACGCCCCGCUAAACCUCCUGGCCGAGCACGCGGCCAUCACUCCUCCUGCAGAUGCUGACACCGCCGCCGACGCUGACAUCCCGCAUGACUCGGCGGCCACCACUCAGCAACCUACCGGAAACGCCGGCCAAGGCCUGUCAGGUAUCUCGGCCGGCGACAUUGGCCCUGACACCUUCAACUGGACCAACAGCUUCUACGCCUCUGUCUCCUUCAAGAAGUCCAUCGGAUAUCCCUGGAGGUUCCACCUGACAAACAAGCAGAUGGAUCUCAUCCGGGCGCAGAUCCAGGGCGCUCAUCGUCGAGGACUCAAGGUGCGUUAUUGGGGAUUGCCUAGCUGGCCGCGGAGUCUGAGGAAUCACAUCUGGGACGUUCUGGCGCGUGAGGGCGUCGAUAUUCUGAACGUGGAUGACUUGCAGAGUGCUACGAAGCAAGAAUGGAAGGUCAAGAUUUUUGAUUGGUAG